AUCCCAUCAACAUUCAUGAUAGUUCAGCAUGCGCCGUAAUGCUCUUGAUGCUCGGGGAAAGUAUUCAGUGCAAUUAUCUAUGGUCUUACUACUUUGGAUUGGUAUCAUUGGCGUGUCCAUCGUAGGCGUCCCGCGUCGGUGACGUGGUGUACAAUAAUCGUAUGAAAGUUAGCGAUUCAUCACCCUAUACUUAUAUACUGGUACGUCUGAACACAGAGCCUCAAGAUCCAACUCGUUCAACUCGACCGGUGAACACUUCUCACUGAAAGUACCAUGGCAUCUAACCUCUUCUCUAUCUCAGGUCGUGUUAUGCUCGUCUCAGGCGGCAGUUCGGGCAUUGGAUCCUACGCUGCCAAAGGCCUUGCUGAGCACGGUGCAGCCCGUGUUUACAUAGUCGGUCGUCGUGCUGAUAAGCUCGAGGAGCUGUCUAAAGCUGCGCCGGAGGUCCUCAUCCCCAUUGUUGGUGAUGUUAGUACCAUCGAAGGCUGUAAAAAUAUUGCCGCAGCAUUUGUUGAGAAGGAGAAGACUGCCGGUGUUGCAGAAAAUGAUCUUUCUUUGGACCUACUGUUCAGUAAUGCUGGUGUUGCAGUCGGAGAGGGAUCCUGGGACUUCGAUAAUACCAGCCCGGAAAGGAUUCGGGAUGCACUGUUGAGGGCUUCGGACCAGGACUGGGCGAAGGAAUUUGCUAUCAACUCAUCUGCCAUGCAGUGGCUCUCUGCAGCCCUUCUCCCUUACCUUGCCAAGGCCGCUCAAUCCAACGAUGGCUUCCGCGAAGGUCGAGGUUGCAUUGUUGUCAACACCUCUAUCUCCGCAUUCUACAUUUCUGCGACUGUACCUUUGCAUAUGUACUCCGCCAGUAAAGCAGCUGCAGAGAGUAUCUCUCGGAACCUUGCUUCGAAAUUCGCGAAGCUGGGUGUUCGAGUAAACACCGUUGCUAUCGGGAACAUCCCUUCCGAACUGAACAGCAUCGAUGAUCCGAACAGUUUCGUGAACCAAAGUAAGGUGCCUAUUGGACGGUUGGGUGCUGGAGACGAUAUUGUUGGGACGCUCGUCUACUUGGCUUCGAAAGCCGGAAGCUAUGUCGCUGGAGCUACAAUAACUCUUGAUGGUGGCAUCCUCAUCGCUAGUCAUUGAUACGAAAUCGUAGUUUAAAUGCAUAUAAGUGGCUUUAUUGUCUGCAUGCUGUGGAUAAGUACGAACGAAAUCUAUGUAGAUGACGACU